ACACCGAUUGAACCUACUUCCUGAUCGGUGAAGUUAGUCUGGGGGGGGGUCAAAGUGAAUGGGAAUAGGGAUCGUCUAGGUUGAGUCAGUGUACUGUAAUUUAAAAUAAAUUGGAAUUGAGGAUCAAAAUAACUUUUGAUGUAGUGUUAAGGUCGCUGAACUGCUUCUAUAAUUGAAUUCAUCCAUCUUUUUGCUUGUUGUUGCUGGCUGUAGCUAAAUCAGAUGGCAAACUUGGUAUUUGUGCAGUUUAAUUCAGCUAUGAGAAGGUGUGGGAGACUGUCUCCAGUCAACGGUGCUGUUUUCACCUCGAACUGGUCCAGCCGGCGGACUUACAGCAGUGAACUUGAUCCUGGUUCGGAAUACCUUCACAAGAGCAUCGUCCCAACAAUGCACUACCAGAAAAGUUUACCCAGAUUGCCUAUUCCCAAACUGGAAGAUACAAUAAGGCGAUAUUUAGCAGCCCAGAGACCCCUAUUAAAUGAUGAACAGUACAGCAACACUGAGAAGCUGGCCCGCAGCUUUCAGAAUGGUGCAGGAAAGGAGCUGCAUGAGGAGCUGGUGGCCCAGAACAAGAAGAAUAAACACACCAGCUAUAUAUCUGCCCCCUGGUUUGACAUGUACCUGUCUGCCCGGGAGUCAGUGGUGCUGAACUUCAAUCCCUUCAUGUCCUUCAAUCCCGACCCCAAGCCGAAGUACAACGACCAGCUGGUGCGCGCCACCAACAUGACGGCCUCGGCCGUGCGCUUCAUGAAGACGCUGCGCUCCGGCUGCCUGGAGCCCGAGGUCUUCCACCUCAACCCGGCCAAGAGCGACACGCGCGGCUUCAAGAAGCUCAUCCGCCUCGUCCCCCCUUCCCUCUCCUGGUACGGCGCCUACAUGGUGAACGCUUACCCACUGGACAUGUCCCAGUACUUCCGCCUCUUCAACUCCACCCGCAUCCCCCGGCCGCGCCGGGAUGAGCUCUUCACGGACGAGACACAGAGGCACCUGCUGGUCAUGAGGAAGGGGCACCUGUACGUGUUUGACGUUCUGGACCGCAAUGGCCACCUGGUGAGGCCGGCAGAGAUCCAGGCUCACCUCCAGUUCAUCCUGGACGACCCCGCGCCGCCCCCGGCCUUCCCGCUGGGCUUCCUGACCAGCGAGAACCGAGACGUGUGGGCCGGGCUGCGGGAGAAGCUGCUGGAAGCCGGGAAUGGGGAGGCCUUGGGGAAGGUUGACAGCGCCCUCUUCUGCCUGUGCCUGGACGACGAGUCGAUGAGGGACCACAUCCACACCUCUCACAACAUGCUGCAUGGCGACGGCUGCAAUCGCUGGUUCGACAAGUCCUUCAGCAUCAUCCUCACCAGGGACGGGUCCGCGGCCAUUAACUUCGAGCACUCCUGGGGGGACGGCGUGGCGGUUCUGCGCUUCCAAAAUGAGGUCUUCAAGGACACGACGGAGCGGCCCCUCGUGGGCCCCGACUCGGCCCCGGCUCCCGGGGCUGACUCAGCCUCCGCAGUCCGCAGGUUGGAGUUCAUCCUGGAUGGCCCCCUGCGGGACGGCAUCGCCAGGGCCCGAGAGAGUUUCCAGGCCACCGUGUCCAAGCUGACCAUCAACGCCAUGGAGUUCAAGACAGGGGGAAAGGAGACCCUGAAGAAGAAGAAGCUGAGCCCCGACGCCGUGGCCCAGCUGGCCUUCCAGAUGGGCUUCUUGCGGCAGUACGGGCAGACGGUGGCCACGUACGAGUCGUGCAGCACCGCGGCGUUCCGACACGGGCGCACCGAGACCAUCCGCCCAGCAACGGUGCACACGCAGCAGUGUGCCAACGCCUUUGUGCGAGAGCCUUGCAAACACAGUGUGGAUGAGCUCUUCACAAUGUUGGGAAAGUGCUCCAAAUACCAUAGCCAGCUCACCAAGGAGGCAGCCAUGGGCCAAGGGUUCGACCGACACCUGUUCGCCAUGAAAUACCUGGCCAAUUCUAAAGGGCAGACUCUGCCCAGCUUCUACCAAGACCCUGCCUACGCAGCCAUCAACCAUAACAUCCUGUCCACCAGCACUCUGACCAGCCCUGCGGUGAGCCUGGGUGGGUUUGCGCCGGUGGUCCCUGAUGGUUUCGGGGUGGGCUAUGGCGUCCACGACCACUGGAUCGGCUGCAACGUCUCCAGCUACCCAACCCGCAACGUGCACGAGUUCUUGCAGUGUGUGAGCAAGUCGCUCGAGGACAUUUUCACAGUGCUGGAGGGGAAGCCCAUCAGCUAGAGAAGCCACUGCAGUCUCUGCAGUCCAACAGUAGCCAGAUGCAAGCGCUAGCAGUGCGGACUUCCUCACCCGGGAAUGCCCGGGUUCCUUCAGAGGAACUUGAGAGGCAUUUCAAAAUCACAAAUCCAAAUCAGUUCUACUAUGCUUUGUUACAAAUGCUUUCUAGUCCAGCAAUAUUCCCUCUCCAUCUUUGGGAUUGUUUUAUCAGUAAUGAAGCAUGGCAGGCUACUUCAUAGGGUUUUGCAAAACAAUAUUCUGACUUCAAGCCAUCCCACACAACCUGAUACAAUGUUAUAAUGCACCUCUGGCAGGAAUGACAAUGCCAGAUACAGCUCUGGCAGAAUUUAAAAAUAAUCUGCAGAAUUCUUUACGGCACCUACAAAGAAUUGUUUUCAGAAUUUAAUCUUUAGUCUCUACAAAAUGUUGUAAAUUAUAACAUUGAGAGCAGAACACAGAAAAUGAUUUACAAGAUAGACCUUGCAUUUUAAUCUUCCCAGCAGCAGACUGAAACAGUCUCUAACUGAAUGCAUAUACUUUUAUUCUAAAGCACUGUUAUUGAGGAAAUUUGAAAAAUAGCAGUCAAUAUUAUGUUUUUUGAAGACCUACUAUAAGGUAGUGUGUUAAUACAAAAAAAUAUUUAAAGUGCAACCUCAUGUGGUGUGAAAAAUGGUUUCAUGAGUGAGUUUCACCAAAUGUUUGUUAUUGAAAAUUGUAGCAAAAGGAUUGUGCUAAAAAUGGAUUUUUGCACAAGAAAUAAUGCUCUAUUCUGAAGCACUGUGAAAAGAAUUUAAAACCAACACAACCUCUACAUGACUCUCCUUGUUUGAUUUUAGAGCAGAUAUGCUUAAAAAUUGUGCCUUAAUAAAGGAAAUUGUUUGCUUUA